AUGCUAAGUCUGGGGGGUUGGGUGGAGAUAAAUGUUGGUGUCCCAUCUAGUGACGGUAAUAAGUACGCACAGAAUCGAGUUGAGGGAAUUCUUCAGGACUGUUUCAUUGGCAAUCCAACGGUACCAACUCCAGGAGGACUGCAUGAUACUGUCGAUGCUUGUUAUAUGAAGGAUUUUGGCCAAUACAAGGUACCAAGCUCAACUCCAUAUCAAAGAGUUAUCACAAUUGCUGGAGCAGCCACGGUUUCGUUAGGUUUACUUGGAUCCGCUCUAGGACUCAUAUCCGGUCUUCACUUGGCAUUCGUCUGGUUCCGCGCUCCCUUUGACUCCUUCUUCAUUAGGGCAUAUCGUUUAUUUGUUGGUUUCAUCGCUUCUGUUACUUCCUGUCUGUUUUUGGCGGCAAUGACUGUAUUUCAUAUUGGCCUUCGCCUUAGUACCGAGAGGAUACCCUAUGCCAAACUAGCAACCACCACAAUCAACACAACAAAUGGUUACUACAUUGCCUGGGCCUGCGUUGGCGCCAGUAUAUUGGCUGCAUGGGUCCUUCUUGCAUCAACUUGUUGCUGGGCAAUGGAUUAUGUAAACUGCAAAUCAUUGGCUGCUGCUUUCCAUCCAACAUGCUCACAACGUGCUUCGGCCUUGUCAAUGACCAAUGGGAUUCGAGCCUCAAUAUAUAGUCUCAAUAAUGAUGGUGUGUGGUCAAUUCAAGAUCCACCAACACUCCCAAGAUACACAACAGGCGCUUACGGAGAUGGUGACAAUCAGCACAGCAAGACGGAAGAGCCGAAGAUUGGCGAAAAAGAAGUGAGCAAAGGGGAGAGAGCUACGCCAACAACAAACACAAUGGAAGCUAUCAAUAACUCAGAAAACGUUACUUCCUCGCCUGAGAAAGCCCUUGUUAAACAAGCUGACGAAAAACCAAAAGAAACCGUAGUUGAAUCCGAGGUUCCUAAAACAGAUGAAUGUGGUUCGAAUAAGAACACGAAUGAAGAAAAUGUAAAAUCCGCAACGACCAAAUCGAAACCUAUCAAUGCUCCAGCUUCGUCAAGCGGUGAUACUGAAGCUCGGCAACCGCGAGUUCGCAAACAAGUUCAACGCCUCUCAGAUAUGUGGAAUUCAAGUUAUACUAAAGAAAAAGAGACCAAGGAGAAGGCUAUAGAUGAGUUAAUUGCUAAGGGUUCCGGUACUCUUCUUGGUGAAAUUCCUCUUAUUGAGUCCUCUAUCAAGAAAUUCAGACCAGUGGACUUAAAAGUACUCCAUUAUGCUUGUUUCGGCCGAGCUGGAACUAUGAGUGAAGUUCGAUCGAAUUUGAGGAAAUUCAAUGGUUUUUCUUUUGAUGCGAAAUCUGAUGAGUACACUAAACGCGAGGCUGCUCUUAAUAAAAAACCUGUAAAAGAGAUUCAAGAUGCGCUUCGUCAACUUCACUUGGAAGUAUCAGGCACUCGAAGUCAAAUUGUCACCCGUCUGCUGGAAUUCUUGCUCAAACCAGAGGCCUCGGCAGUCAAGUAUAAAGGCAAACUUCCACCCUCCAAGCGUGGUCGCAAGUCCAAGACCGAUUCCUCAUCAAAUAACAAAACAAAUUCCAAAUCUGGACGAAAGUCAAAGGCAGCUAAGGAAAGUGAGGAAGAUCAAGAAAGUAGCAGUGAUGAAGAACAGGAAGAAAAUGAAGCGUCUGAAACAGAAGAAAAAUCCGGAGCCAUUUCACCUGCCUCGGACAAAGGGGCUUCAGACAGCGAUGAUGACUUCUCUCCAGCCGGUAACAAGAAGCAGAAGAAGGCUGCUGGCAAAAAGAAGUCUGCUCCCAAGAAACGCAGGUCUACCGUUGCUAGCAAGUCCGCUACCCCAGCUAAGCGACGAAAACGUGCAAAAAUUGAAACAGAAUCUGAGGAGGAGGAGGAAGACGCUCUCAGUGACUUGGCGGAAUCUGGUGAUGAAAAAUCUGAAGAAGAGAAAAUUGAAGAAAAGGCAGGAGAUAAACAAAAUAGCGACGAUGAUGAUGACAAACCAUUGGCGAAGGUAUCUUCCUCUACUGCAGUAUCAGAGGAAGAAUCAUCUGGUGUUGGGAAUAAAUCUACUGAUAAGCAGUCGUCAAAGCCUGCUGAAUCAGAAAGUGAAUCUGCUCCUUUCCCCUCAGAUGAAGAACUGAAGGUGAAGACUCUCGAGCUUUUGAAGAAUUCCAAUUUGAAUGAGGUCUCCAUGAAGUCAAUCCGACAGUCGGUAUGUGUGAAAUCAGGUUCCCAUCUCUUAUAUUUUGGUACUCAAUUCCACGCUGGUGCCGGUACGCGGAUUGGUCGAUUUUACAGCUGGUAUUGCUGUACUGGCCUUGUUGUUGUCGUUGUUCCGAUUGUUGCAGCUGUAGCGAUGCAAAUCACUACAGAUGGAAAUGUUAUUGCUGACCUGUACCCCAGUGUCGACAUCUCCUCGAAAAGGGACUAUUUAAACGGUAUCAUAAAGAAGGCUACCAGUGAUCUCCAUACUGAUAUUGCUUACCGCAGCAUAAAUGAAUUCAAGAGGGAGAAGCCAUGCUGGAAAGCAACUCUCGUCUCCCCAUGGUUUUACAUUUCAACAAUUGGUUUUAUUAUCGCCCUUGGCAUAGGACUUCACAUCUACUUUCAGUCGAAAUUGCAACCAAUCGAUUUUGUUCAAUUAGAAGUAGAAAAGUGUCCUGCAUGCUUCGGUCAAUCAAUGUGUCCUGCCUUCUUUAGAGGCGAUGUUCGAUUGCCUACUUUCUAUGGAAGUCGGCCAAUUCAUUCAACUGAUUUUGAAAAGUUCGAUGGGUUGACAGAUGUUGACUUAGGUAUGCUAGAGAGGAAACUGGCGGUCUUGCGCCAACUUUACUUCCCCUCCACAUCAUCAGCGGUAGAUGUUGAAGUAUGCCGACGUCAAAGAUUUGAUGACUUCCAGGAUGAAGCACCCCUCCCAAGAUGUAUUCCGCGUCUGUCAAUUUGGAGAUGGAUGGCUACAGAUGGCCCCGGAACUAGUGAUCCAGUGGACGUGGAUAUUGUCAGAAACAUGUCAAUUUUCACACGAUGUGCCUGUGGACGAAUGACCUUGGAAAAGGGAACCUCUAAACCUCUUAGUCAUUUCAUAUAUUCUUCAGUGAGAACGAGACUUCGUAUUCUCCGAGGUCUUCUCCAGAUACCUUCUAAAUUGGAGUCAAAUUCUUCUUUGGUUGAUCCAGAAACCAGCAAUUUCGCGCUCUACUUGGGUGACUAUCGAUGGGAUGUCUUUGGGGNGCGAAAUCAAGACUCAAAAUCUCCAUUCGUAAUCGAAACCAACGCCUCCUACAUUCAAGACACCUGCCUAGACACUGCAUUCGCUACUCACUCGCCUUGUUUAUCUGAAGAACAUGUCAGUGGACUUUGCGCCAGUAAUCCUCCCUCCGAUCACAAUUAUUGGGCAGUUUGUAUGACCGCCAUGUCCAGUGAUGGCCUAUUAGUCAAGGGCAUGCCUCGUGAUCUUCUCUUUAGUCUGGAGCACUGUCUCAAGGAUGCACAAGAUGGUGCUAGGAGGUCGCAUAUUGAAGCGGCUUUGGAGGUUAUUUCUAUGGAGUUAUCUGAUUAA